AGGCAACAUAAACUGCGACAAGUUAUACAGCUGCAUCAACUAUGAUAAAAAUGAAAAUAUUCACCCUCGUACUGGGCGUGAUCAUUAUAGGGGUAGCAGAGAUCUCAGCCGACGAAUCAGAGAGCACCUCCCCCGAUGACGGACCAAUCGCAUCGCAAGAAAAUAAUGUUGAACAGAGACGGGUAGAUGUUCCCGAGGUGGUUUUACAAUUGAAAUAUGAUAAAGGGGAACUGAAUAGGAUAUAUUUGACGCAGUUCCGAAAGGAUUCGAAAGCGUGGGUGCCCUCAGUGUCUGCCCGAAGCAACUUGUGUGCGGACUUGUGCCACGCAGGACUUGGUGGAGAGGCCUGUGGAGUGAGCAUCUGUUCCCAGCUGAUCCCCAUAGGGCUGCAGACGGCUCUAAGAGACGCAAACCGGAGUGACGUCACCUACGGAGUACCACGAUACAAUGUCUGCCCUUCAUUGUGCCAGAAUCAACUUGGGGCCCCACUAUGCAACUGUAAACCGCCCACGAAGGAGCACGACCAUGCCGUCAACUGGAGCGAGGUGUGCGCGGCUUUCUGCUACGACGGUUACACACUUAAUGGUUGUCCAACCUGCGAAUCAUCAAGCACAGAGGCUACAGUGAGCUUGCAAUCAUCACGGGUCCUUUCGACCUAUGAGGGGUGGGCAGCAUGGUGCAACGUGCAAUGCAGGCAGGGCCAGGGUGGCGCCGCCUGCAACUGCGACCGGACCCCGUUCCAGUAACCAAAUACGAAGAAAACACCACAAAUAAUAAACAACAAGAUCGUAUGUAUAACUUAAAAAAAAUAUGUGUAAAUUACUGAUUUUAACUUUCUGAAAAACUGUACCUACAUACCAAGUCAAUCUUCUUUUAACCUGGAUACCAUAUUAUUGGCUGACUGUACCCAUGUAUUAUAUUAAAUAUCACAAAUAAUAGACAACAAGAUCGAAUAUGUAUAAUUUAAAAAAAAUGUACUGGGUGAGUCUCGACAUUUGUAGCGACAAAAUUCGAUCGUUAAGUUGCGAUUUUUUUUAUUUUACAAUACCUAUGUGUUUGUACAGUUUAAUAUCUAAUAAUGGAAUCUGUGGCUUAGUAAUCGUUUUGUCGUAAUUAUUGUCGAGACUUUUAGCUUAGAACAUCAUUUCAAAGAAUCAGUCGGGUAUUAAGUAAAAAAAUGCCCCUUAAUGUUACAAAAUGUAUUGGAACAAGAUCGUUUAUUGUAUGGUCGUUAGAUAUAUUGGAAAUGCCACAAAAGCUAGUCAACAAGAUUCGUUAAUUCUAUUUCUACUAUUUUUGGUUUCAUAAAUUUUACAUUUAUGCAACAUAAAAUGGCAAUAUGGUAUGUAUGAUUCGUUAUAUAUUACACAGGUAUUAUUUAUUUAUAAUAUAGCUUAAAGCCGAUUUAAACAUGUAUAUUCAGAAGAGAAGGGAUACGGGAAUAGUACGGAGAACAGCAGAAUAACCUACUCGAAUUUGUCAAGUUCAUUCAUUGGACUAUCGACUUUAUGUCUGUACAACAAAGUUGGAGUUGUAAUAAAGACAUUUGACAGAAUAGGAUAGAUUGAUUUGCCGGCCAAUAUUUGAUCGUACAAUGAAAAGUGAUCUAGUUUUACAAAUGUACCUAAAUCAGUUAUUAAUUCAUUAUUCCUUGUCGAAGGUUUUAAUAGGAUUGAAAUUAAAUUUUCGUUGAUUCGUUUAAAUGAAUGUAUUUAUCAAGUUUAAAAAUUAAUACACAUUAUAAAAUAUAAUUUAAAU